AUGCUCUAUGCAUCUUGCUUUAUCAAUCCGUCCUCCCUCCACCUCCCUCCCCUUUGCAAUCCCUGCUGCCCCCUCACAACCUUGUCCUCUCACUUCUUCCUCCUUGCCCUCUCCCACUCCUUCCACACACUUGUUCCUCCUUCCCGUUUCACCUAUCUUCCUCCUGAUUCCCUCCAUUUCCUUUUUCCCAUCCCCCACUACCACCCCCCCCCCCCCUCCGAUUCCCCCCAAAUUCCUGCACCUCGUUGGAACAGCGGGGAAAUGUCUCCAGGCGCCGCCUGCACGGCUCGCCGCAGCCGUGCUAUCUCCUGGUGCAUGGCAGAGGGUGCAGCAGGGGCAGAGAUGUGUGGUGGGGGCUGCUACAGAGACGAGUGGUGGGGACAGAGGCAGGCUAGGGGGUUGGUAGCGGCUGGAGGGGGUGAUGAUGGGAAGGAGUGUGGACCGCGGGAUGAGGGAGAAGGGGAGGAGGAGGAGGAGGAGGAGGAGGAGGAGGAGGAGGAGGAGGAGGAGGAGGAGGAGGAGGAGGAGGAGGAGGAGGAUGAGGAGGAGGAGGAGGAGGAGGAGGAGGAGGAGGAGGAGGAGGAGGAGGAGGAGGAGGAGGAGGAGAUGGUGGAGGAGGAAGAGGGGCUGGGUGGGGGAGUGGAAAGCCGAUGUGAAGUGAGCGGCACACACAGCAUGGAGUGGGGCGAGGACCAAUGCGGCACGGAGGUGGAGGGGGUGUUGACUCGGUAUGGGCUGGGAGGACAGACAGAGGCCGGCCGUUUGCCGGUUCUGGCCCCUGGGCUGGGCUGA